GUAUCUCUAUAUAUCAUUAAAUCGUAAUUUGAAUUUAUGGAGGAUGUGGUCACUGGCAAGUGAAGACAAUUCAAAUAAAGAUGAUUGUGAUGCACCUUGUGUUCGAUCAAAGCAUGCUGUGUGCUUGACUGAAGAAGGACUGUUUUAUUUACUGGGGGGACUUUCAGGGAACUUACCAUUGAAAGACCUAUGGAGGUAUGAUCCUGUUCAAAACCAGUGGAAAGAAGUCCAUUAUAAUGAACAUGGUCCUCCUUUUCUUCAGGAGCACACAAUGGUUUCAUGGAAGGAUAAACUGUAUGUUUUUGGAGGAGAAGUAGGUUUUGCAACAACAGGAGAAACACCUUUGUGGGUAUUAAGUACGGAAUCAAAUUCAUGGAAAAAGAUGCAUUCCAAGACAGCAGUUUUUUCACAACCAUCUGGACGGCGUGGACAUACUGCUUUGAAGUACAAUGGUAUGAUGUAUAUCUAUGGUGGUUAUCAAGAUUUGAAAGGAUCAUCAGGGGAACUUUGGGCAUUUGAUUUUGAGUCAGAAAGGUGGCACUUUUUUAAGUUCCCGAAUUUUUUGGAAUGUCCUUUGCCACGUCAUAAUCACACCAGUGUCAUUCAUGAUGAAGCUAUGUGGGUAUAUGGAGGAAUGACAGACUUGCAGGAAAGAGGAGACUUUUGGAAAUUGGACUUUUCAACACUGAAGUGGUCAAGAAUAAAAACAAAUAAAGGACCAGGAGAGCUGCACAACCAUUCAGCUGUGAAAUUUUUAGAAUACAUGUACAUCUUUGGAGGGGAGCGUGAUGUAACCAUUUUCAAUGACUUAUGGAGAUAUCACUUUGCAAGUCGAAUUUGGGAAAGGGUCAUCAUUAAGGGAUUAAUGCCCAAUCCAGUCAGUCAUCAUGUUGCUCUUGUUAAUCCAACCCAAUUUACUUGGGAAGAGAAGUACCAUGCAUGGGAACAUCCAAGAACUUUUGCAGUAAAAAACCAAUACAGUGUUUCUGACAAACCAUCCACUCACAAGAAUGAACCUUGCACCCAAAAUCUUUCAGAACCAGCUCAGAGUAAUCAUUUGAAAACUUCAGAAAAUAGAAAAUCACAGCAGUAUUUCAAAUUCCGUGUUCAUCCUGUUUCUAGAUCACACAUUAAAUCUUCAGAAUCUGAGAAGGACAAAAAGAAUAAACAGUCCAUUGCAGUUGCUUACAAUGCAUCUACAGACCACGUGCAACUAAGGUCAUUAAGAGAUGGAUUAAAAAGUAGCAGUUUGCUCAAAAAUUUACGCAGUGGUAGCCACAAUGUUCUUUGUAGUCCUUAUGUUUCUGAACAAGAAGAAGAGUUGAUGUGCCUCAUGGAAGAAACUUGUUCACUUCAAGAAAGCCCUCUCUCUUCUCCAAACCUUCUAAUUCAGAAAUCUUCUAGCUCUGAGGCAGUUUUAGUGUCAGGUGGCAAACUAUCAACUUUCCAAAAGAAAAAUGAUGUUGUGUUUCCAGAUGAUCGUGAACCACUUGUAAAAAACGAAUCUUUUGAAAUCUAUGAUUUACAACAUUUAUCACAGCAAUUCAAAGUGUCUCAAGCUAUCGAUCAAUUUUGUUGGACUAGUAAUGAGAAAGUUGGCAAUGAGAAUAUGGAUCAGAUUCCAGAUAGUGGCAUCAACUCGGUAACACCAGUAGAAAGUUGCUCCAAGGAUUAUGCUUUUGCCUUUCAUUCUCCAAGAUCUGUUCCACUUGAACAUGAAUAUUCAUCUAUCAUAGAUAUGGAUGAUAAAAGAACUAAUGUAAGUACUAAGGAUGUAAAAUCCGAUUACUGUAGCAACCAAAGAACUUCUGCUGGAGCUUUGUUGAUUGACUUAGAAGAUAUAAAUCUUCAUCAGUCAAAGAUAUCAAAAAUAAAUGAACAAAGGUCAAAUUUUUCUCCUGUGUUAGAGGAUUGUUCCCAGGCUUGCAGCCCAGUUGGUGAUGAAUUUGGCAUGUCUAACUCAGUCUCUAGAAACUCACAACAUCAGUCUGUUACCAAAGAUGAGUCCAACCAUAUUAAAGAUAUCCAUCAAGAUUUUGCUAGUGUUUUAAAUCCAGAGACUUAUGAUCGUGUUUUAUAUCAAAGGAAAGGUAAUCCUGUGGAAAUGCAACUCCUUAAUCCAACCCAUGAACUCAUUUUAGGUAAUUUCUGCAGAGGUAACAUGACAAAGAGUGAUAACAGAGAAGGAAUAGAACAGGUCUUAGAAAAUUCACAGAAAACUGUUCACACAGCAGCCAAGGAAACAGCAACUGUAGUACCAUCUGAUUUGCAAACUAAUGCCUUACCUGAUUGUGAAGUAACACAAGAAAAAGUUAUUAAUGUUUCUAAUUCAAAAUUGGCCAGAAGCUUAUCAAAAAACAAAGAAGAACAACACAAGUGGGAGCUCUGCAUGUAUGUGAUUGGCGGUCGAGAACUAGGAAUAUCAAGCUUUUGUAGACAACCUAUCUCAGUAUGGAAACUGUAUAUUUAAAGUGCAAUGCCAUGUGUAACUUAGUUAGUGGACCAACUUCAGUUCAAUAAACAUCAUAUAACAUGUACAAAAUGAUUUAAGAUAUAAAUUAUGACAUUUGAAAUGUAUACAGAUUAUAUGUAUUUUUAAUGUUUUAAAGAUUGAGUCAUUGGCUUUUUUUUCAUUGAUUCACAAAUCCACAGUAUUAUAAAAAAGGGAAGUAGGUUUUUAUUAAGAGAUUUCAAAUAUUUAUGAAACUAAUAUGAAGUAUAAAUACAUGACAAAACAUUUUUGUAAUUGCACAGUGAGUAACUUAUUAGCUGAAACACAUACUAAAUUUAUUUCAUUGUAAAUUAUUAGAAAAAAGCAGGUAGACUGAAUGCAGAAGUUUUAAAACAGCUUACCAUUUGCUUUCUCAGAGAGUUUAAUGGAUAAAAAGUACAUCAUAAUGCUUAAAUCUAUUUUUUCAUGAAUUAUUACAAAUUACAGUAAAUAACACCUUUCAUGAUCUCAAUGCCAAGAGCAUAGAAAAAUAGAAAUGAUCUUCAAUGCUCAGUAGAAUAAGAUCUAACAAAAGUUUUGAUGGUUUACAGUAAUUUGUUGUAAUAUUUUACUAAACUUGAAUGUUUGUGCACUAAUUUUAACAAAAGAUCUUAACAUUUAUUAUGAUAAAACAAUUUAUCUUAUAUGAUUAUUGUUUUUAUUUAUACUUGUUGUAUCUUUGUUUUACCUUUUCAAAAUUUAGUUGUUUAUAUAUUUUAUGGAAUCUCAAGUGUUCUGAAAAUGAGCAAGAUUCAAAGCUUUAAUGAUAUAUAGUCUAACAAAAGUGGAAGCUCUUGUUCCUUAAUUUUUUAUUAUGGUGAUCUUAAGAACACAUAGAUUUAUCUUAUUUUGUUCUUUGAGAAGGAACUUGAAGUGUUGACUGUUUGGUGGGCUGUCAGUAUAUGUUUUAUACUCGUGUGAAGUUUACUCUUCUGAAGUUUAUGUGUGCAUUGAUUCAUUCUUCUAGUCUCCUUGCUAUUGGUCCUAUGUACUCUUUCUAUUUUGCAACUCAAACAUUAUACUGAUGCAUAAGUAUGGAGUUAUGUAAACAGUUGAUUCAUGCACCAGUACUAAUACUCAAGCUCCAAAAAAGAGUAUGUAGGAUCAACAGCCAGGAGAUAAGAAGAACAAGUCAGAAGUGUAAACCCCACAACAAUAGAAAAAACACAUAUUGAACUGUAACGACAGCUCGCCAAACAACAAACACUUCAGGAUCCUUCUCAGAGCAUAGAAUGAGUUAACUCUACAUGCUAUUGAAACCACCACAUUAAAACUAAGGAAGUCGGCAAUCAACAUUUGGAAAUAAAAGUUUUCUCUUUUGCUAAAACUGUAAAUGAACCUUCUUAUGUUAUACAGCCUUGAGUCAAUAUUUUCAAGAAAUCUGACAAAGCAACAGUUCAUAAUGAAAAAUUGUGUUUGAAAAAUAUAGAUAUUAUCAAAAUGAAGCUUAUUGUAUUCAACUUUGAAUAGUUCCUGAAAUUUUGCUGAAUUUACAUAAUUUGAAUAUUUUGCAUGACCAUUAUUUUUUAGAAGAGGUAUAAUACUUUUUCAUGUAAGUACAAAUCCUACUGUUCAGAAAUGUUUGCU